UAUAUGUUGUUCUUUUAUAUAUCCUAUGUCUGCCUUCUAAUCGCUAAGAAUCCAGACGAUUAUUUAACUUUUCUUUUAUUUGUUUUCAGGGCUAGCUAGAGCGUGUUGGGCGUUGCGAGGAAUUAAAUAUUUCUGCUUUGCAGCUCACUUGGACGCUGUUUCUGAGCAAUGGAGACGGAGGCGUUCAAGAUUAAAUUUGGAGAUACUCUCAAGCGUAUGAAAGUAGAUUAUAAUUACUACGGAUUUUCGGAACUUACCAUGACUGAUUUGAGGAAAAAUAUCCAUCGUAUGUUUGAUAUCCCUGCUGAUGCUGACUUUAUCUUGACAUAUUUUGACGAAGAUGGUGAUGUGGUAACACUUACGGAUGAGGAUGAUCUGUCUAAUGUGGUUACACAGUGCAUGAAAGUAGUGAAGAUCAAUGUGCAACUGAGCAACAACAAAUUAGGUGCUGAAUCCUAUGCUCAAUCUGGUGGAAGCAGCAUUUCUACCCAACGUCUUACUUCUCUUCAAACCCGGCAUCCAUAUCCGAAGAUCGAAACAGGUGUUGUUGCUAAGGUUUCAAAAUCUGUGCUGCAACAGCUCCGGGAAGCACUUGACCUGCUACAUGAAGCACUUUCAAAGAUUUCGGAGGAAUAGUUUCUAAAGCUAUCUCUGAUCCAGUUCUUGUUGAGCUUGUUGAUUUCAUAUCAAGCGUGCUGUAAUUAAGUUAAUGCACUAUAUAUAUCGUAGAAACUUGGUGUUUGUAAUUGCAUGAUUUACUUUUUCUCAAGGGCAACUUGAGUCUUGAUCGCA